AGGGGUAUUCUGGCUGUUCCUAUCAGGAAAAGGGGUAUCCUGGCUGUUCCUGCAGCCAAGGGGUGGAAGGGAUGGGGGUCUCUGGCUGCCUGCGGAGCUCAGCAGCUCUCUGGCACUCAGGAUUCCGUCUCCAGCUGAUGAGGAUGGAUGGGGGAACGGGGCAGUGGAUGCGGCUGGGCUGGAGGCUCCCGGAGCCGCAGCAGCCUCAGGUUGAGCUGUCCCUGUCCCUGUACCGGGAAUGGCCAUCCCGGGAUAAGCCUGUACCGGGAAUAUACCGGGAAUGGCCGUCCCGGGCAUCGCAGCUCCGCGGUGCUCGGGCUCCCUGCCGUGGCCGAUCCCUUCCAUCGCCGCCGCCUCGCAGAGAGCCGGGAAGCCUUUCAGGAGAUCGCAACAUGGAAAUAAUCCCAGUCUGGUAUAAAAACCGGGACGAGCUUCAGGCUGGGCAUGGGCAGGAAUUCCUCCAUGGAAAGGUUGAACCAUGGGCAGGGGCUUGGGCCGGGACCUGCCGCUUUCCCGCCAAAUUACAGGCUCAUUUACAUAACCACGCCCGUUAAUUUGAAUAUCACCUCAGUUUGUAUUUGCAUAACUCCGCCCCUCGUUCGCAUCGCCACGCCCACCCGCGGGUGCCGCGUCGGGCGCGUUCCCCUGGCAACGGCGCCGCGGGUUCGAGCCCGGCCCCGGCGGCUCCCGCUGCCCCUCGGUGUCCUCCGGUGUCCCGUUUGUGUCCUCUCUGUGUCCCUUCUGUGUCCCCUCGGUGUCCUCUCUGUGUCCCAUCUGUGUCUCAUUGUGUCCUCUCUGUGUCCCCUCGGUUACCCCUCUUGUCCCGUCUGUGUCCCUUCCGUGUCCCCUCUCUGUCCCCCCGGUGUCCCCCGGCCAUGCUGCGUGACAAGGACACGGAGGAGGAUUUCCAGCGCUUCCUGCGCCGCGUGGACGAUGUCACCAAUUUGCUGCAAGGGCUGAAGUCCCCGGACUCGGCAGUGCAGGAAAAAGCCAUCGCUGAGACAGAGAGAAGGCUCCGAGAGCAAGGGGCCGGCAGGGAGGAGGAGGAGGAGGAGGAGGAGGAGGAGUGCAGGACCACGGUGAACAGAACGCUCAUCAACCCUUCUGGCACGCCGAGGGUGCAGGCAGCAGAUGCAGAUGGUUUCCUGGCAGCUUUGGAGAAGGAUGCCAAGGAGCGAGCCCGGAGGAGGAGGAGGAAUGAGAAGCUGGCAAACGCCCUGAAGGAGCAGGGCAAUGAAGCCUUCAGGGCAGGAGACUUUGCCCUGGCCAUCCAGAGGUACUCGGAGGGGCUGGAGAAGCUGAGGGACAAGCAGGAGCUCUACACUAACAGGGCCCAGGCCUACCUGAAGCUCCAUGAGUAUGAGAAAGCCAUCAGUGACUGUGAGUGGGCAUUAAAGUGCAAUAAGAACUGCCUUAAAGCCUAUUUCCUCAUGGGGAAGGCUCACCUGGCCCUGCAGCACUUCUCUGAGUGCAGGCAGUGCUAUGAGAAGAUGCUGCAGAUUGAUCCCCAGAAGGAAAACCUCUUUAAAGAGUGCAUGGAGCAGGCCAGGCUGGAGGAGCAGAGGCUGAGGGAGGAGCAGAGGGCCCAGAGGGAGCUCCAGGCCGGGAGUGUGGCUGCUCUGUCCAUCCAGGAGCUGCUGCAGAGCAUCAGCAGCCCUGGCCACCACCUGCCCUACUACACAGGGGCCAUCAGCCUGCUGGCAGCAGCUGUCAGCACCGGCUCUGGGCAGACGUUCUUCAGGACAAACAAUGGCUUCAGUAUCCUGAGCAGCGAGGCUGUCAGAGGGGCCUUCUGUGCAGAGAGCAAAAGCCCUGCUGAGGAGGAGCUCUGUGUUUCCCUCCUGCUCCUGUGGCAAGCUGCCUGUGCUGGCAAUGAGGAAAAUCAGCGUGUGCUGCUGGCGCAGCCCGAGGUGGGUGCCCAGCUGCCAGAGCUGCUGUCCCGUGGCACUGCCCAGAUCCAGAGGGAGGCCCUGGCACUGAUCUCCCUCUACUCUGAGCACGAGGGGGGCCGCAGGCUGCUGGGCAGGCAGGACCUGAGCAGAUGGCUGCAGAUUUUGAUGGCAUUUGUCAAGUGCACUGAUGCAAGGGCUGAGAGUGCCAUGAACAUCCUGUCUGACUUAAGUGGGGAGGAAAGGUUCCAAGCCCAGUGUCGGGCCACGUUCUCCACGGCUGUUUCACCUUUAUUCACCCAGCUGCUGGUGUGUGCCAGGCAGGUGAGUGCCAGGCAGGCGCCCUGGGCAGCCCUGGCCCGUGCCCUGGCCGUGCUGGGCAGGCUCUGUGCAGAUGUUGGGCUGCGGGCACAGCUGGCUCAGAGCAGGGAGUGCUGGCAGGCCGGCCUGGAGCUGCUGGCUGGGUGCCCCGAUGCCAGCCCUGGGUACCAGCACUGUGUGUUUGCACUGCUGGGGCUGAUGAUGAACCUGCUGCUGGAAUCCAAUGGCACCAUCCAGGACUUUGCUGUGCCCAUCAGUGGCAGGUGCCUGGCUCUGCUCAGCCACCAGGACGGAAGGAUUGUCACAAGAGCCACAGGAGUGCUGAGCCGUGUCCUGCCUGCGUCUCCCUCAGCGGUGCAGGAGGUGGUGAGAGCAGGAGUGGUGAAGAAAAUGCUCAAAUUCUUGAAAGCUGGGGGACAGCUCACAUCCAGCUAUGCCAUAAAGACCCUUUCUGUCUGCACCAAGAGCAGCAGGAGAGCUCAGGAAGAGCUGCUGAAGGGGGACAAAAGGUUCCAGGUGCUGCUGGGGCUGCUGCACUCUGCGGAUGAGCUGACUGUGGGCAAUGCAGCUUUCUGCCUCAGCCAGUGCCUGCUGCUGCCCGGGGCUGCCUCGUCCCUGCUGGGCUCUGGGGUGGUGCAGCUGCUGCUCAGGCACGCUGGGGGUGACGCUGCCAGGAGCUCCGUGCAGCAGAACUCGGCCAUUGCCCUGGGCAGGCUCUGUGUGGCUGAGCCAAGGCACAUGCACCAGCUGAGGAAGCUCAAUGGCCUGGCCAUCCUGAACUCCUCCAUGAAAUACGUGCAGAGCAGCUGAGCUCCUCAGAGCCCUCCCCAGUGCCCUCCAUUCACUGCUCCUGAGUUUUCUUUGCUGUAAUAAAAUUCAUUCAAAGCAUA